AAUCUGAUAUCCAAGAAAUAAAUAUUCUGGACCUUAUUGCAUCUGAUACAGAAACGAGAUGGAAUAGCACUUUUUUUUUAUUAGAAAGGCUUAUUUAUUUUUGUGAUACACUUUCUGUAUUAGCUAAUAAGCUAGCCUCAAAUCCUAACAGAACUACACGAAGUGAUAGUGAUGAUUUAAAAAAAUUAUUACUUAAUUCAGAAGACUGGACAUUAUUGGAUGAAUUAAUUUUAUUACUUCGAUCUUUCGUAGAUACAACCAAUCUUACAUCAGGCAGCUCAUAUCCUACACUUUCAUUAUGGUAUCCUACUUUACAUUGCUUAAGAGAAUAUUUAAACAAUAUUCUACAAACUAUUACAAGUUCUCAAAUUAGAACAGUAUGUACCGAAAUUUUAGCUUCAUUGUACAAACAUUGGGAUAUUCCUGAUGAAUUAGACUGUAUAGCAAGUUUUUUAGAUCCUCGAUUUAAAUUUUUAAAUUUUUUAUCACCACUUCAAAGAGAAAACAUCAAACAAAAUUUAAAAAACCGAAUCGAAUUAUUAGAAACCUCUAACACACUAUCAACUACUACUUCUUCUAACAAUACUUCUUUAUUUAUAGAUUUUUUUAACCAAAAUUCAUCUUCACAACCUUCUACAUCCCAAAUUGAUAUAAAAAUAUCUCUUUAUUUACAACUUCCCGCUCUUGCU